AUGGAAGCUGUCCCUCGUCGAGGGAUUGGAAGUGAAGCUGAGGGUGUUUCACAUGCACAAGAGCAAGUCGAACCAACGAAAAGCAAAUUCACAAUUCUUGAUCUACUUGAGCACGACCAUAAAAAUUCCUCACCCACGUCUCCAGCUUCAUCAGUCAGUGGAGAUGGAGAAGCGAUGACACUCGAAUCACGACUUAAUUUUCCACAAUUCGCAGCUCUCUUCCAGCAAGGACUCACACCAGCCGGUUUGGCAUCUUCUGGCUUUCUAGGCACAGCGCUGCCAUUUAUGCCGUGGAUGUUACCGGGAGCUACUCCCACACUUCCAAUGACUCCUUCAAGCUUAAAAUCGUCCCAAAAUACUGUAUUCGCAAGGGAUAUAGCGGCCGAGUCUCGACACGCUCUGUCACAAGUAUGUGCAUCUCGGGGUUCUGCCGAAGACAUGAGCAAGGCGGAAAUCGCUUCACAUGACAAUGCUGUUAGAAGCUCUGCAAGAGACAGCCCCAUGGAUUCUGAUGUCGAGGACGAUGCUGAAGUUUGUGGAGACGCCAGAGGUAGCGAUGACGACGGUUGCUCUGAUCCAAAUAACACAAAUCGUAAGAAGAAAACCCGUACAGUGUUUAGCAGACACCAGGUAUCACAGCUAGAGCUAAUGUUCGACAUGAAACGAUACCUUAGCAGUCAGGAAAGAGCUCAUCUUGCACAGAAACUUCACCUUACCGAAACACAGGUGAAAAUCUGGUUUCAAAAUCGACGUAACAAAUUCAAACGACAGGCGGCUACCGAUGAUCCGACAGCUACACUUCAGAUGCAUCGCACUAAUAUGUUUGGACAUGCGAUGCCAACAUCAGAACGGAUUCAGUCAAUGUCUUCCAGUUUGCUGUCGACGCCAACAGGUUCAUCACUGUCGCUUCGUCCGCUGACGGUUGCUCCUCUAGAUCCGACCACCGCUGCUCCAGUUUUCUUCCGAAACAUAAUGACGCCAAAAAAUAUAAAAUCAUGUCCUGACAGUGUGAGAUUGGCUAUAUCAAAGGGAGAUCCAUGGAAAGGAAACAUUCAUGCUCAGCAUCUGCACUUGUUUAUGAUGGUAUGGCGUGAUCUGUUCGGAAAAGCCGAUGAGAACAGCUACACCCGUCUGCAAUACUCAUAUUUCAGCACUUUCUGGAUAGUAAGUUCGGGCUUCGAAAUGAAGUCUACAUACGUUUACGCUGCCCUGAUCAUAUCAUUUGCGUCCUGUAUUUCUGCACAAUCAGUAGACGAAGAAGGAUAUGAAAAUCUGGGCGAAGGUAGCGGAAAAUAUUCUAGCGAUGAUGAGGACAUCGAGGGCUCGGCACUACCACGAGACUCGAAUUACGCAACAACCCCCGUUGUUCAUCCUCGAUUCACUCAACCACCAGUGACAAGGCUGAGAACAAACACAGUGAAAUACUCGACGAUUAUGCAAACGCAGAGAGUCACAACAUUUGCGACAUCAACUCCACAUUCAAAUAUUGAAAUACACAACGAGGAUGAUAGAGUUUCGACACAAAUGUUAUCUACGAAUGCUACGAUAGUGAUCAUAGGACUGAUAGUGCUCAUUGUUAUUGCUGCAAUUUUGGUUGUCUGCGUCUACAAGUGUCGUACAGGCCGAACAAAUGCAUACACGCCGGGUCAACACCGGAGUUCAGCGGCACUCUUGAACACUCAGCAACCCAACUAAUCAUUUUUUGGAGCUCAAUACUUAUAUGCUUCCGUACCGAUAAGAUUUGUGCCGAUUUGUCUACUA